GCUAUUUCUGUUUCUCUUGACAGUGGCUCUGGGUCAAAUAGGGAAUUUCUUGGCCUACACUGCAGUCCCAACUGUGCUAGUGACGCCCUUGGGAGCUCUUGGCGUUCCAUUUGGGUCCAUUCUAGCCUCUUACUUACUGAAAGAAAAACUGAACAUUCUUGGCAAGCUGGGAUGUUUGCUGAGCUGCGCUGGGUCUGUUGUUCUCAUCAUCCAUUCCCCAAAGUCCGAGAGUGUAACAACUCAGGCUGAGCUUGAAGAGAAGCUUACAAAUCCAGUUUUCGUGGGUUAUCUCUGCAUAGUGCUGCUAAUGCUUCUCCUGCUUAUCUUCUGGAUAGCUCCAGCUCAUGGACCUACUAAUAUCAUGGUUUACAUCAGUAUUUGCUCUCUGUUGGGCAGUUUCACUGUUCCCAGCACAAAAGGCAUUGGGCUGGCUGCUCAAGACAUCUUUCACAAUAACCCCUCGAGUCAAAGGGCUCUGUACCUCUGUCUGGUACUUCUGGCAGUAUUAGGAUGUAGCAUUAUCAUUCAGUUCAGGUACAUCAAUAAGGCACUGGAAUGUUUCGACUCCUCUGUGUUUGGUGCCAUCUACUAUGUUGUGUUUACCACCCUAGUCCUGCUGGCUUCAGCCAUCCUUUUCAGGGAAUGGAGUAAUGUAGGGGUGGUAGAUUUCUUGGGAAUGGCUUGUGGAUUCACCACAGUAUCUAUUGGAAUUGUUCUUAUACAAGUCUUCAAGGAAUUCAACUUCAAUAUUGGGGAUUUAAAUAAACCUAACAUGAAGACAGAUUAA